AUGCAUAUAUUGGUGGUCAACGACGACGGCCCCCCGUCCAGUCGCCUGUCGCCGUACAUCCAACCAUUAGUGGCCGCGCUGGAAGCCGCGGGCCACCGCAUCUCGGUGGCCAUCCCGUCGGCGUCGCGCUCGUGGAUCGGCAAGGCGCAUCUGAUCGAGGCUUCGCUGAAAGCCACCUACGUGCCGCCCUCCGCCUUCCUGAACGACGGCACCUGGGCCUCCUCCCCUUCCACCCUCACCCCCUCCACCGACAACAAUGCCACCGACUCAGACUGGGUCAUCCUAACCAACGGCACCCCCGCCAGCUGCGUCCAACUAGGCCUCCACAACCUCUUCACGGACCGACCCCCAAUCGACCUCGUGAUCAGCGGGCCCAACCACGGCCGCAACGCCAGCACAAUCUACAACCUGUCGUCGGGGACCGUGGGCGGGGCGCUCGAGGCCGCGACGUGCGGGAAACGCGGCAUCGCCAUCUCCUUCGGCAGCAAGGACGAGCAGCCGCUCGAUAUCAUCCACGCGGCGGCGAGAUUGGCCGUGCGGGUCGUCGAUCAUCUGAUUGCCAAUUGGGAUGACCGCGUCGAGCUGUAUAAUGUGAAUGUGCCGAUGCGGAUUGAUGUCGAGGAGAGGCCGGUGCUGUGGACGAGAACGUUGCCGUAUUAUUGGUCCAGGGGGUGUUUGUAUGCUGAGGUUGGGAAGAGGGGUGGGGAGGAUGGGGGGGCGGUGCUGGGGAGUGCGAGUGGGAGUGGGAAUGCGGAUGCAAAUGGGGUUGGUGGGGAGGAGGAGGAGGAGGAGGAGGAGGAGGGGAAUAGGGAGCUUAAUGGGGAUGGGGCCAAGGUGAAGGGCAAGACUGCCAGUGCUGCAUCUGCUGCUGCAGGCAGCUACUACAGACAGCGCGAAUUCGCCUGGGGCGCUGAACUCUCCGAUAUGAAAAAGGCGUUGCAGGCCAGUGAGGAGGGCACCGAUGCGCAUACCGUCUUGAAUGGGAGUACCAGUGUCACUGCCCUCCGCGCCAAUUUCUGGCACGUCCCGGGCCUGGAAGGGCCGUUGGUUCUGGAUGCGUGA